UAUCAGUUCUAGCUACAUUGUGAAUCUGACAUGCAUGCUAACUGUGCAUCAACUUAAUUGCAUCACAUGUCAAAGGAUAAGAGAGUUUAUAUGUAUUUUUGCAUGUUUAAUAAGUAAAUGUCUAUUUAUCCGUUUGGAUCCCUAUUUAUCUGCCUUUCACAUCAACUUUUCUGUUUACAUAAACAUAUUUCUGAAAAGUAUUGUAUAUUUUUUAAUCUUUUCUCUUUGAACCAUUCCAGGAUCUUGCAAUUCAGUGGAGUUAAAUGAUAAUCAUAUGUGUAUUGAGAACUCCAUGCAUCAUUACUGCCCAAUAUGUUACGAGGUCUGUCUAUCAAGUUAUGUUACGAGAUCUCGCGCUCAGCUCACUCGACACAUAGGAGGGAGAAAAUGGCGAAAGCUCGAAAGCCGUCCAAGAAUGAAGGUUCCAAGUCCGAUUCCUCCUCCGCAUAAGCCCUUGUCCUUCACCAGAAGCUCUGCCUUUCGAUUGCCAUCAUUAAUCGUCGAAUUCAUGGGUGGAGUUAGCUCUGCCUUUCCAAUGCAGUCAAGCCUUUUGAACUCUACUCUUGAGGAUAAGAACCUUUUUGAAAUCCCCAAAUUCAAGUCACUGUUGAAACAGUUGGUGACAAUGGAGGUUAUCCUCUGGACAGUUCUUUGGAAUGAAUUUGAGGGUGAAUUUGAUAAUGAGAAGAAUUUGCUUGGAGGCCCUUUAGGCGAGAAAGCUGGUGAUGAUCUUAAACAAAGGGUCAUCGAACAUGUCACAAUUGUGGUUGUUGCAGUACCUGAAGGACCCCCCCCAUACUUGUUUACUUUAACAUAAGAGUGUUCUCUUCUUCGUGUACAGCUUCUACUGCGUGCAAAACAAUUAUGGUACUGUCCUAACUCCACCCUGAAAGAUUGUAUGUAAUGGGAAAACAAUGUCUUAUAUGGCACAUUUUCUGUUGGUUUCUUAUGCUGUCAGUGUAGGAGAUUUUGUGUCCUCCUUAGCCUUACAGUUAAAUACAACUGUUCAAUCAACAAUCAGCGCGAAUAAGAGACUUGGUAGAAGAGGUGAUUUAGUCAUCAGAGAGGUAAUUUUUUAACCGCCAUGGAUGAUGGGGAGGGGAUGGGGAUGGGGAUGGGGAUGGAGGAACCUAUAU